UUUCAAAUCUCGCAGAACGCGUGACACGUAAGUUGACGCGUAAGUUGGAGACGGUGGCAUGGUCAACGCAGGGACGGUCCUCUUCUUUGUGUCGGCCGUCUUCGGUGCCAUCGCAGUGUUCCUGGCGCGAUCGGGACACCUCGGCAAGGAACAUUUGGUCGGGAUAGACCUCGGCACAACGUACUCAGUCGUUGCCGUGAACCGGCAUGGGAAUGUGACUGUGAUGCCUGACGUCCAUGGGCACUUCCUCUUGCCUUCUGUCGUCGCAUUCAAGCCUAAUGGAGGUGUUCUCGUUGGACGGGACGCACGCCACUACCGCCGCGUGGACCCGAAGCACACGAUUUCGAAUGCAAAGCGUUUUAUCGGGCGACAAUUCGACGAGUCGAUUGCAGCAGAGGCGGCCCUGUACGACUUUCCAUUGCUCGCCAACACGACAGGUGACAGCCACGUGUGCUUUGGGCUGAACCUUCCUGGCCAUCCAUCCUGCAUCUCUCCCGUGGACAUUGGUUACUACGUCGUCAAGGCCCUGAAGGAGACUGCGAUGGCGUUCCUCGGCCACGAUCAGAUUUACGGCGCGGUAAUUGCCAUUCCAGCUGGCUUUGACGCUUCCCAGCGCAAAGCGACGGUGGCGGCGUUCGAGCGAGCUGGCCUCAAAGUGCGCAAUGUCCUGGUCGAGCCCACGGCCGCUGCGCUCGCGUACGGGCUGCACACGAAACCCAAUGUCCACUACGUCCUGGUGUUUGACUUUGGCGGCGGCACCCUCGAUGUGUCCCUGCUGUACUUGCAAAACGGAUCGUUCCAAGUCAUGGACACGGCGGGCGACAACCACUUGGGAGGUGAAGACUUGGAUGACCUGUUGAGUGCACACCUAAAGCACGAGUUCGAGCAAGUCGUCGGCGGCCACAGCCUUCCCGAUGUGCAGACUUCGGGGGACAUGCCUGAUGUGUUUCCAUGCACGGCUGCAGGCGUCCGCGGUGUAGCCGAGCAGUUGAAGCGUCGAUUGAGCUUUGCCAACGAUGGCGAAGCGUCGUGCGUUGUUCAGCAAGCGGUGGGGGAGUACGUCGUAGGCGACACCCUUCGGUUACGCAUGACGCGAGCAGAAUGGGAAGAAUUGUGUCUACCGACGCUCCAGCGCACGAUGGAGCCCGUGAAGGAGGUGCUGGUGGGGAACAUGAUGACGGCAGGGGAUGUCGACGAAGUUGUGCUGGUUGGAGGGUCCUCUCGCAUUCCGUGGAUUCAAGGCCAACUUACGGAGAUGUUUGGUCGAGCGCCUAAUGGGCACAUCGACCCAGACGUGGCCGUUGCCGUCGGCGCCGCGAGGCUGGCGCAUUGAGCCCCCUUGCUUGUGAUGUCCAGUCUUCAUCGAAUCCUUCAACGAAGAACCCAUCGGUUUAAGACGCUUUUCGCUGGCUCAAUUUCACCAAGCGUGUGUAGUGUACGAGAUUAACCGGAUAAUGGCCUGAAAAGUCAUCGA